AUGAUCAACAUUCGUCUCGAUUAUCCACAGGCAUUAUUUGCCCAUCCUACAAGUGGUAACAUUUAUUUUAGUGAUAUUAAUAAUAGGAGGCUAUUCAAAUACUGUCCCUUCUCUGCCGAAUUAAUUACACUUUCCGAUAGUGUUGGUACGAAAUCCCUCUAUGUUACCAAAGAUGAACAAUACUUGUACUUUACAUCAUCAGACUCACACACUAUCAAAUUGAUGGAUUUGAAGAGUGGAAAGGUUACAAUUAUUGCAGGAAUGGAAAAUGUUGCUGCUUUUAAUGGGGAUGGAAAGUCAGCAUUGGAAACUAGUUUAUUUUCACCUUCUAGUUUGAUAGUUUUUGAAGAGGAGAAGGAGAUUUACUUUUAUGAUAUUCAAAAUCAUCGUGUGAGAAAGAUAACAAGUGGAGGAAUUGUUGAAACUGUUAUAGAUGUUGGAGAUUAUCCUACUUUUAAAAAGAAUUCAAUGCAAAUUAAUUCGUGUUAUGGACAUAUGAAAUUUUCUCAAUCAAGAAAGUUCCUCUACAUUUCUAAUGAAACAUACAGUCUCUUUAGAAUUGACAUGGAAACAAAAGAAGCCACUUGUAUUUUCAAGAAAUACGCUUUAAUGAACUGGUACCUGACUGACGAUCAAAUUUAUGCAACAUGUUAUUGUGAGGUUGUUAGAAUUGAUAUUGUCAAUUUAUCAGCACAUUCAAUUAUCGAUCUUAACUCGAAAGGCGAAUUUAAAGAUAUUGUUAUACUUGACAAUAACACAGCUCUGAUAAUGAUGAAAUAUCAUGAAAAUGAACAUGAACCAAUAAGAUUUGUUUGUUGUAAAUUGAGACUUUCGGAUGGUAAUUUGCAUUCUACAAUUAUCAGAACUAGUGCAAACAAACAAUAUGAGGAACCUAGAAAAUUCUUCUUUGUUGGUAACAGUGCAUUCAACAUUCCCAAACUACCAAGAGAUACCAAAAUUGGUAACGUUAUUUAUUUCGAACCUCUGUUAAAAAAAGUUGCACCAAUAUUGUACAAACAAAUCCAACAAAGACAAUUCGAUACAGAUGAGAUACAAUACUUGGUUGACUAUUGCAUUUAUCAUAAUUACAAUGAUUUUAAGGAGGUAAAUUCUGAACUUAUGAAAGGAUUACAAAGUUAUUUCAAAACCGAAUUUGAUCCAAUAUUUAAACCACUAUUGGAAUAUAUUCAGAAAGUUUCUGGUAUGAUUCCUCCAUCACAAGAACAACAUAAUAAGAGAAGAUUUUUUCAAAAGCCAAACCAGGAAUCACCAAAUAAUGAAGAGCUAAAUUUCACAAAGAAUCAUCUCCCUGAAUUAUUUAAUGAUGUUAAUACCUCUGACUUUUCAAUCUUUUUGAAUGGCAAUGAAUGGAAAUGUCACAAGACUAUCCUUUCCAAAAGCAAAUUCUUCAAAACACUGACCGAAAGUUCACACGCAUUUUCUGACAAAAAAGAGAAUGCCUUUUAUAUGGAUGCAGACACCAAUCCAACAACGGCAGAAAUUAUUAUCAAAUACCUAUAUGAUAUUCAGCCAAAUGUUGAUACGUUAUCAGCAAGUGAUAUUUUAGAACUCGUUCAAUUAUCCAAACUUCAUGAAUUGGACUCUCUUGGACAUGCUUGCAUUCAAAACCUUAAUAUUACACUCAAUCUAUUUGACCCUCUUGCUCAAUUCAUUGAAAAAUACGAUUUAAAUGAGUUCCCUUCCCUCUAUCAAAAACUUGUUCAAUUCGCUCUGCAAAACACUCACGAAUUGCUUGAGAAUAUUUAUGGAGGAGAGCUUGCUAAAUUGCCUUCCUUUGUGCUGACUCCUCUGUUGGCUAGUCUUCCACAGUGGGCUCAAUUUUAUCUCCAUAAACAAUUAAAACAAUAA